GGGGGUCCAGCGGCCGUGUAGUUGUUCCCCAUUGUCCUUCGAGAAGGGAAGCGCCGCCGGUCACAUCCCCGUUAGCCGCCGGCGCCAGUCGCCGCCGUAAACCAAACGAAGAUCUGACCUGACCAUGUCCCCUGCCUAGCACUUCCUCUUCCGAUCCAUGGAGGAGGCAGAGAAGGGGGAGAUCUUCAGGAUGAACACCAAGCCGAGCUCCAUGAAGGAAGCGGAGAAGGGUGAGGUCUUCGAGAGGAACACCAAGUUGAGGUUGGAUAACGAUCCGAAGGCGACGGCAGAGGCGGCCUGCCUAUUCACGGACGACAUCAUCCUAGAGAUCCUCUCCCGCCUCCCGGCCAGAUCUGUCCACCGGUUCAAGUGCAUCUCUGUGUCCUGGCGCAACCUCAUCGUCGACCCCGCCAACCGCAAGAAGCUCCCCCAAACCCUCGCUGGCUUCCUCUACUUCACCACCGAUGACAGCGGACAUCACCACCAUUUCGCCAGCGUCUCCGGCGGGGCACCCCUGUUCGAUCCUUGCCUCCCUUACCUGCAACCUGAUAAGUACAAGGACAUGACCCAGGUGGACACCUGCAAUGGCCUCCUUCUCUAUCGCGGCGGCAACAACAAGUUGGUCGCUUGCAAUUGGGCAAAGGACGAUUUCCGUUUUGUCGUCUGCAAUCCGGUCACCGGGAGGUGGGUGGAGCUGCCCCCUUCACCACAGUCACCGGAAAACAGAUUUAGCUGUAUUGCAGGUCUGGCUUUUGAUCCUGCGGUCUCAUCCCAUUUCUACGUUCUUCACUUCGAGCAGACCAUUCAGGGAUCUUACAUCACAGCAGUGAACAUCUACUCGUCGCGGACAAGAGCCUGGACUCGCAGGGAUAGUGGGAUGGUUGAGAAAGUGGCGCUGUUCUAUCUUACUAGAUGUGUAUUUGUCGGCGGCAUGAUGUACCUGAUGGGCAUUCAUAAAGGCAUUAACGAAGAGAAUGUGCUGGUGGGUGUGGACAUGGAGGUGAAAGUGUGGAAGAUUAUCCGUGUGCCGCACAGUUCAAGUGUUGGCACGCUUGGAACAUCGCAGGGGUGCUUACACUUUGCUAUAGCUUCUUCCAUUGAUGACAUUGAACUCUGGUGCCUCAAGGAUUGUGACAGUAAAGAAUUGGUCCUGAAGAAUACCGCCAGCAUCGAUAAGCUUACGAGCAUGACUAGGAAGUGGUACAGUGUGGCUGAGAUUCAUCCAGAUUGUGACACCAUUUUCCUGGUUCCAUGGGAAGGUGAUGCCUUGGCAGCGUACGAUAUGCAACAUCAGAAAGUUCGUUGUAUCCUUAAUGUUGAGAUAAAGAAUGGACAACGGCAGCGGUUUCUACCCUAUGUUCCUCUGUUUUUAGAGUCAUUAGCAGAUGCCGAUGGGCAGUAGUGUGACCUUUAAACCACCCUUGUGCUUCCUCCAAAAAUUGGAUAUGUUGUCGGCUGAAGUACUUGUUUGUGUACCUCUGAAUCUGCUUGAAUCAUGCCGCCCAAUUUGCUGGUGCUUGCACUCCUGUUCUGGACAUGUAUUUGUUGCAUGGGGCUAAAUUAUACUGUAAUUGGCCUUCUUUCAAUAACAAUGAUUUAUUAUGAUUAUCCUAAAUCCUAGUGCAUAUUGUCAACCUGUUAGUAUACUACUAAAAGUUUCAAUCAGAUUGGUUACCGGUGCCAU